AUGUCGCCCGGCUUCCGAGGGAUCCCCGCAUAUUCCCAUCUCCUUGGUCUCGACGACGUCCAGAUGGCGCAGACAAGCGCUAUCGUAGCCCGCUGGCGAUGCUGGGGAUCGUCGACAACGACACUCAGACGUCUCAAGGUACAAAACGUUGCUUGGACUAUCCGACACUUCACGCCUUCUGCACGCGCUAGGGCGGAUGGUGCAGUUCCAGCCGGUACGGCAGGUGCUGCCGGUAUCCCAUUUGGCCAGCUUUCGGUUGGCGUUGUUUGCGAGCAGUUUCCGGGCGAACGACGAGUCGCACUGACGCCCCAGAAUGUCGCCCUCCUCUUGAAGAAGGGUUUCAAGCAAGUCUGGGUCGAAAAUGGCGCUGGCUUCCAGUCUCAGUUCCUUGACGAGAAUUACGCCGCAGCUGGGGCCACAAUGGCAUCCCGUGACCAAGUAUAUUCAUCGUCCGACAUUCUUCUCAAAGUUAGGGCUCCUCUCCUUGAUGGUGGGGCGUCUCAUGGUCCUCACGAAAUCGACUUGAUCAAGAAUGGAUCGACUUUGAUUUCUUUCGUCUAUCCGGCACAAAACCCAGAGCUUGUCAAGGCGCUCAAGGAAAAGGAUGUCACCCUCUUUGCUAUGGACCAGGUACCAAGAAUCACCCGCGCGCAAACAUUUGAUGCUCUGAGCUCUAUGGCGAAUAUUGCUGGGUACAAAGCCGUCCUUGAAGCGAGCAACGUCUUUGGUCGGUUUUUGACUGGACAGGUCACUGCUGCUGGAAAGAUUCCUCCGACUAAAAUUCUCAUUAUUGGCGCUGGAGUUGCCGGUCUCUCGUCUUUGGCUACCGCUCGACGGAUGGGUGCAAUUGUGCGAUGCUUUGACACGCGCCCUGCGGCCCGUGAACAGGUCGAGAGUCUAGGCGGCGAAUUCCUUGAAGUUUCCAUCAAGGAAGACGGAACAGGUGUUGGCGGUUAUGCCAAGACGAUGAGCAAGGAAUUCAUCGAGGCUGAAAUGGCGCUCUUUAUGGAGCAAUGCAAAGAAAUCGACAUCAUUAUCACUACCGCACUCAUUCCAGGAAAACCGGCACCCAAGCUUAUCACGAAAGAGAUGGUCGCCGCGAUGAAGCAGGGCUCAGUGAUCGUCGACUUGGCGGCUGAAGCUGGAGGCAAUUGCGAGGUGACGAAGCCCGGACAAAUGAUCGUCCAUGAUGGUGUUUCCGUUAUCGGCUACACCGACCUUCCAAGUCGUCUGCCCACUCAAUCCAGUACACUGUAUUCAAACAACGUCACCAAGUAUCUUUUGUCCAUGGGAACUGAAGACAAGAAGUUCCGCGUCGACUUGGAAGACGAGGUCGUGAGGCGGUCAAUUGUCACGCACAAGAAGGAAUUGCUUUGGCCUGCGCCUGUUCCCCCACCGCCUCCUGCACCUCCUGUGGCGGCAGAGGCAGCCGCAAAGGUCGAAGAGGUGGUUGCUAUCACUCCUUAUAAAAAGGCGGUCACCGAUGUUUCACUUCUCACUGGAGGCUUGGGCAGCAUCGUUGGUAUCGGUGCAGUUACUGGUGCAGGAUUCAUGUCGAACAUUUUCACUCUCGGACUUGCGAGCUUGAUUGGAUAUAGAGCCGUGUGGGGCGUCGCUCCAGCAUUGCAUUCGCCUUUGAUGUCUGUUACAAACGCCGUCUCUGGUCUUGUGGCUGUUGGUGGGAUGUUCGUCAUGGGAGGUGGAAUUAUGCCGCACACUCCCGCACAAUGGCUUGCAGCCAUCUCGGUGCUUCUGGCCAACGUCAAUAUCUUUGGAGGCUUCGAAAUCACCCGCAGAAUGUUGGGUAUGUUUAAGAGGGCGACAGAUGCACCCGAAUACCUCUACCUCUAUGCCAUUCCUGGCGUGGUUUUCACCGGCGCAUUCCUUGCUGCGGCUUCUACUGGUGCCACGGGGCUUGUCCAAGCGGGGUAUCUUGCUAGCAGCUUGCUUUGCAUCAGCUCCAUUUCAUCCCUCGCGUCACAAGUGACCGCCAGACAAGGAAACGUCCUCGGUAUACUUGGUGUAACCUUUGGGAUUCUCGCCUCCUUGCUGGCUGUUGGCUUCACCCCAGACGUUCUCGCUCAAUUCGCCAUUCUCACUGCCGUAGGCGGCUCAGCCGGUCUUUUUAUCGGACGCCGCGUGACAGCCAUGGAGCUUCCGCAAACCGUCGCUGCAUUGCACUCUGUAGUUGGUCUCGCCGCCGUGUUCACCUGCAUUGGUAGCGUUCUCUCCGACCUCGGACAUGCGACGUCGCUCCAUCUGGCAUUAUCCUAUCUUGGUGUCAUUGUCGGUGGCAUCACGUUUACUGGCAGCUUGGUUGCCUUUGCGAAACUCAGCGGCCGUGUUUCAAGCAAGCCUAUCAGGCUGCUUGGUGGGCAUUUGACAAACAUUGGGCUGCUGGGCACGAACGUGGCCACAAUGGGGGCAUUUGUUGCUGCUGCGCCGACGGUGCCAAUGGUGGCUGCCGGGUUCCUCGGCGCAAGCACCAUCCUCAGCUUUUUGAAGGGAUUCACCCUUACUGCAACGGUUGGCGGUGCUGAUAUGCCCGUGGUGAUCACCGUUCUGAACGCCUACUCCGGAUUCGCCCUUGUUGCCGAGGGACUAAUGUUGCAGAACGAUCUCCUCACAACAGUGGGUAGCCUUAUAGGGGUUAGUGGCUCUAUUCUAAGCUACAUCAUGUGCAAGGCAAUGAACAGGUCCUUGACCAACGUUCUGUUUGGCGGUAUUGCAGCGCCAGCAGAAGCCACAAAGAAACUCGAGGGUGUGGUCACCAAGACCUCGGUAGAAGAGACAGUCGACGCGCUCCUGGAUGCUGAGACGGUCAUCAUCACCCCAGGUUAUGGUCUUGCGGUAGCGAAAGCACAAUACGCUAUUGCAGAUAUUGUCAAAGCACUUACUGACCGCGGAAUCAAAGUUCGCUUCGGAGUACAUCCAGUAGCUGGAAGAAUGCCAGGCCAGAUCAAUGUCCUCUUAGCCGAAGCUGGUGUUCCAUACGACGUCGUACUCGAGAUGGAGGAAAUCAAUGACGACUUUAGCGACACCGAUCUCACAUUGAUCAUUGGUGCCAAUGACACUGUGAAUCCUUCGAGCUUGGAGCCUGGGUCGCCUAUCCAUGGCAUGCCCGUCCUUCAUGUGUGGAAGUCCAAGAAUGUGAUAGUGAUGAAACGGUCUCUGGCAGGUGGAUAUGCCGAUAUUCCCAAUCCUCUGUUUUACAUGAAGAACACCAAGAUGUUGCUCGGAGAUGCGCGUGAAACUUGCGAGGCACUCAAACAAGGCAUCGAAAGCCGCGCCAAGUCGUAG